AUGGGGAUGGUUUUUUCGGAGUCUUUUCGGUCUCUAUCUUUAAACAAUAACAACCAUCAUUUCAUGACAUCUUCAUCAUCAUCUUUUCAUAAUAACCAAGAAGAUGAGGAAGAUGAUGAAGAACAAGAAGAACUUAUUGACUUAAAUCUUAGUGGUGGUGGUUGCACUUCUUUUAACAUUAAUGGUAAAAUGAGAGCAAAAACAUGUGCAAGAGGUCAUUGGAGACCUGCUGAGGAUGCUAAACUUAAAGAGCUUGUUGCUCUUUAUGGUCCCCAAAAUUGGAACCUUAUUGCUGAAAAACUUGAAGGAAGAUCAGGGAAGAGUUGUAGGCUGAGAUGGUUUAACCAAUUGGAUCCAAGAAUAAACAGAAAAGCAUUUAGUGAUGAAGAAGAAGAGAGGCUAAUGACGGCUCAUAGAAUGUAUGGCAACAAAUGGGCUUUGAUUGCCAGGCUGUUUCCUGGUCGAACUGAUAAUGCUGUCAAGAAUCAUUGGCAUGUUAUCAUGGCUCGCAAAUAUAGAGAACAAUCCAAUGCUCAUCGCAAACGACGAAUGCUCCUCACUCCUCCUCCUCACAACCACAAUAUUUGUUCAUCAAGAUCAGCUGACACCACCCGCUCCGCCACUCCACCACCACCCCCGCCACCGCUACCUUAUAACGGAACGUUUCCCCAUCAACCACCUUUUGGUCUUAUCUCAUCUGGUGGCAAGACCAACAAUAAUCAGAUGAUGAUGAUGAUGGACAUUUUCAAUACUAACAAUAAACAUACAUGUUUGGAUCAUCAUGACAAAUUAUUAUCAUCAAGAACAUCAAACACAUCAUCAUGGAUGAUGAGUUCAAAUACUACUACCAAUACAAAUUUGUAUGAUCAUCAACAUCAACAUGUGGUACCAUUGAUGAUGGUGAGCAGCGCUGGCAUAAACCAUCAUCAUCAUCCAUAUUAUCAUCAUCAUCAAAAUGUUUAUUACAACAGUUCUGGUGCAGAUAAUACAAUAAUCCGUACUACUUCAGCAGUAGUAACAGCACCAGCACCGCAAGUUUAUCAAAGUCAGCAGUUUUCAGAAGCUAAUAUUGACAUUACACCCCCUCUUAUAGACUUUCUUGGAGUUGGAGCCACUUAGUUGAAAUACUAGCUAGUAGUAUUUCAUUUCAUAUUUAG